AUGACAACAAAACCAACCACAGUGGUUACAUCGGGUCAAACAACAUCCUCUACCACACCUGUUGUUGAAACCAUGUCCACAGUUUCAACUACUGAAACAACAGUUCAAGAAUCCACCACGGUUACAUCAAAACCAUCUGUGAGUACUGAAAUUACAUCUGGGACUGUCACUACUACUAAAGGAACAACAACAACACCUAUACAAACAACAACUGUUGAAUCCACAACACCGACGAUUAUGACAACAAAACCAACCACAGUGGUUACAUCGGGACCAACAACAUCCUCUACCACACCUGUUGUUGAAACCACGAGCACAGUUUCAACUACUGAAACAACAGUUCAAGGAUCCACCACAAUUACAUCAAAACCGUCUGUGAGGACUGAAAUUACAUCUGGGACUGUCACUACUACUAAAGGAACAACAACAACACCUAUACAAACAACAACUGUUGAAUCCACAACACCGAUGAUUAUGACAACAAAACCAACCACAGUGGUUACAUCGGGACCAACAACAUCCUCUACCACACCUGUUGUUGAAACCACGACCACAGUUUCAACUACUGGAACAACAGUUCAAGAAUCCACCACGGUUACAUCAAAACCAUCUGUGAGUACUGAAAUUACAUCUGGGACUGUCACUACUACUAAAGGAACAACAACAACACCUAUAGAAAUGACAACAUCUGUUGAAUCUCCAACACCGACGAUUAUGACAAAACAACCAACCACAGUGGUUACAUCGGGACCAACAACAUCCUCUACCACACCUGUUGUUGAAACCACGACCACAGUUCCAACUACUGGAAUAACAGUUCAAGAAUCCACCACGGUUACAUCAAAACCAUCUGUGAGUACUGAAAUUACAUCUGGGACUGUCACUACUACUAAAGGAACAACAACAACACCUAUACAAACAACAACUGUUGAAUCCACAACACCGAUGAUUAUGACAACAAAACCAACCACAGUGGUUACAUCGGGACCAACAACAUCCUCUACCACACCUGUUGGUGAAACCACGACCACAGUUUCAACUACUGAAACAACAGUUCAAGAAUCCACCACAAUUACAUCAACACUAUCUGUGCGUACUGAACUUACAUCUGGGACUGUCACUACUACCGGAUCAACAACAACACCUAUACAAACAACAACUGUUGAAUCCACAACACCGACGAUUAUGACAAAAAUACCAACCACAGUGGUUACAUCGGAACCAACAACAUCCUCUACCACACCUGUUGUUGAAACCACGACCACAGUUUCAACUACUGAAACAACAACUCAAGGAUCCACCACGGUUACAUCAAAACCAUCUGUGAGUACUGAAAUUACAUCUGGGACUGUCACUACUACUAAAGGAACAACAACAACACCUAUACAAACAACAACUGUUGAAUCCACAACACCGAUGAUUAUGACAACAAAACCAACCACAGUGGUUACAUCGGGACCAACAACAUCCUCUACCACACCUCACGACCACAGUUCCAACUACUGGAACAACAGUUCAAGAAUCCACCACAAUUACAUCAACACCAUCUGUGCGUACUGA